AUGAAGGAGCCCGAUCAUGGCAGUGACGGCAGACAGCUGCGUCGGUCAACCCUAGCGCAUCAGCCCGGUCGCUAUGCUGAGAUGCUGGUGGCCGGAGUCGAGAGACCAGCUUUCACUGUUCCUGAUCCGGUCUUCGACCCUGAGCCUGCUCGCCACUGCGCUUUCCCAACCAUCGAGCUAGACCAGCAUCCGGGACCCAGCGAGCAGUUCAUUGAGGCAAGGGCCAGAGGAGACCGGCAUGGAGAAAAUCAUCCUCUCGUUCAGUAUUCAGACAGUGAUAAUGACCAGGAUGACAACCAGGGCGAACGCCGAGCGCUGGUGGCGCACCUGCCCCCGCUGGAUGCAGGAGAUGAUGAUAUCAUGUGCGGCAUCGAGGAACAGAGGGAGGAGGAGAACGACAUACAGACUACAGGCGAACUGCGUACCCCAAAGAGAGGCGAAAGCUUUAAGGAGUUCUGUCUCGCUGUGACCAAUGACCUGGAUUGGGGAUCGCCUGAGCCUGAGCCCGAGCCCGAGCCCGAGCCUCAGCAACAAAUUGACGAAGGCCCCCAAGGCGAACUCGAGUCAAGAACGAAUGGCACUUUGCAGAGUGAACUUGAUCCGGACUCCUGGGACAGCAUCGGUACCGGGGCGCAAUGGGCGAUUCUGUCGACUCUGUGCCAAGCUCAUAAGUUCUCAGUGGCAGUCCACCGCCUGAAGCUUACGACAGACCAGAUCACAACUUUCAUCCAAACCUACAUCAAAUGUCAUGAGGAGGUUCUGGAUUGGUGCAGAAAGAUUGACCGGAUCCCAGUAUCUGAUCUCAUCCAACGCGCCGAAGACGGCCUUCACUCAGUGGAUGAGUACGUCAAUCUGGCUCGGCCUAGACUCCCCACGGAUAUACUCUUCCAGCACGAGAUUGAGCUAGCCGGUGCAUUCUUGCGCAAGUCAGGCCAUCCUGAGCUUGUUAAUGUCAUCGACAAGUGGCGUGGCACGUCUACAAACUUCGUCGAACUCCCCAUCAAUCAAGACAUGCUAUCUUACUGCCGUGUCAAGCUUUACAUGAGCAGAGGAAGCAACCGUGUGCAGGACUUCCAGCCCAUCGAAGACCAAGAGCCAGAGCUGUGGCUCAAGCGAUUGCGAGAACCAGAUGACUUCAACAACGGAGUUUGCCACUUCUACAAGUAUUACGGAAACCCCUAUGCGCUCAACGUCCUCGACCCUCUCCUUCCACAGCAGCAACAGCUUGACACAAACCGCGGAGUUCCGAUUGACCCCAGUUUCGUCAUAGAAAGAGAUGAGUCCGGCCGGGCUUUGGGGAAUGUUCCCGGACGGCCUUUGCUUGACUACCGCGAGCAAACCGGCGACGAACAGCAACAGCUAGCCUUGGAGCAAACAAUCGCUCACGACCUAGCUGCUGGCGACGCACACAGUCGGCCUCGCAAUACCGCCACGUUGCAUCAACAGGAACUCCAAAGGACAACCGGGGAAAUCGUGGGAGUUACAGCUCCUACGAGGACUAGUAAUGCUGCACCCAAGCAGACCAUCUCAUCGAGAACAGCAACUUCUCAUCGGUCAAGACUAUUCAACAAACCUGCCCCUGGUCAACAAUACACGUCACUGGCGGCCAGACGCGGAACUGGCAGCUACACUUCUCCGUUCAUCCUCGACGCCUCCGAGUCUCCAGAAUCCCAGCCAGGCCGUAGUGACCUUGAUGCGGUCGUGAAAGAGAAUGAGCCAACGCACUUCGAACAGACAAAAGUUGACCGGGACCAGGCUAGAGACCACGCGAGCGCCGAAAUCCAUAGUGAAGCAGGAAACGUCUUGGAUCCCGUGCCGAACCAAGCUCCGAUUGAAGCCCCUGGCGUCGAGAUGAGCUAUGCCUCGCAGCCAGCGCCCACAUCUUCUCGCAAGCGGGCGUGCAAUGACAGCGAUGACGAGUAUGAGCCGUAUGAUGAUGGUCAAAAUGAUGACGAAUACCUGCCCCCCGCGAAAAAGCCCCGAAAGGCGAACACCAAGAAGCCGAAUGCUCGAAACAAGAAGAUGCCCGCAGCGCAGCAGGCCCGCCAGUUGAAGCAUACCAAGAGACAGCCAAAGCAGGUUGCUACUACGAUGGCGAAGACUGCCAAUCAAUCCAUUUCAUCUGCGCCGGAGGCUUUUCAUCACGAACUUGCUCAUGUUCAAAAGGCAAACGAGGCUGGAUUCGCUCCAAACCUUCCAAAACAAGCCGCACAGUCCGAGAUGAACCAGUACGGUGCCUCGCAGCUCAGCAACUCUGAUAAUAAUCCCACGCCUUCAGCUGUACCACAGCCCGUCAAGCGUGGCCGUGGUCGUCCUCGCAAGCAUCCAAGGUCCGAGGAUCUCGCCGCCCAAGGCGUUGGAGCUCAACCCGCAGGUUCGCAAGAGCCUAGUAACGCAGCUGGAGCUCAACUGCCCACUACAAAGACAACCUCCAAGCCCACAUUGUCCAAGCCGGAGAAGAAAUCCCCAAAGACACAAUCCGAUCCUGAUGCUUCAGAAUUCACCGCGUCUGCAGAGACAUUUGGUCCUUCUAGCAGUUCUGAGAACUUCACGGCCCCAGCACCAACGACAAUGGAGUCUUCCGCCGAGCUCACAACAGGCAACCAGUCACAGGUAGCCAAACCCAGGAUCAAGAUCAAGAACUCGAAAGGACAGACUGGCCAGAAGUGUUCGCCAGUGCCUCCUCCAGUCCUGCCUUCCCAGGCAAUGCCUGCUUCACAGCCUCAGAACAGUCCCGGUGCUCAAAUGGGACACAUCAGCCACAGCCAACCAAAUGCACAGUCUGCUACUCGCACCCAAUCGCGUCCCGCCCAAGCCCUUUCUCCAGAGCACAUGGAGUACCAUGAGCGCAAUAAAAAGUCAGCCCAUGAGGCGGCUUUUCGACCGGAAGCAAGCAUGCACAAUUCGCAGGUUGGCUUUGGAUACCCAGCCCACAGGAACACUCCCUCUAUGUCGUUCGAAGCUACCACUGCUAUGGGCACUAGCAUGCAAGUCCAUCAAACCAAUGCACACGCAGGUGGCCAAAUUUCCCCAUUCGGUGUCGCUUCUCAGCACCAACAAGCUCGUGCUCAGUACUUUGAGAACAGAUUAGGAUCGGAGGCAGGACAUCAUCAAGCACCCCAGACCACUAGCAACCAGACAGCUGUCCAGCCGCCUUCGCAGCCUGUUCAAUUUCCUUCUGUCCUCAGAACGGUAGAACAGCAAGUCAAGAAUACAAAGCAGGCAAAGCACGCAACUGAGAACUCAAAGAAAGACUGA